AUGGUGACCCGAGUGGAAUCUAUGAGCCAUUCCCAACAAGGCAGCAGCGCUCAUACUCCAGUGACACCGAAGGAAGUGAUUCACGUCGCCACCGUCAACGUACGAUACAACAAUGGGACUACAUCCGAUGGACCUAUUUUCGACAUUCCAUAUCGUGAAAAACCGUGGUCUGAACGAAAAACCCGUCUGGUAGACUGUCUACUCAGCACGGGUGAUUUAGAUAUUAUAGGAUUUCAAGAAGUAUUACAUGAUCAAUUACUCGAUUUACAACAUCUCUUAGGUCCGGUUUAUGGUCAUGUAGGUGUAGGAAGAGAUGAUGGGAAACAAGCAGGGGAAUACAGUCCGAUAUUUUAUGAUAAAAUGAAAUUCGAUUUGGUUGAUUGGAGUACUAUUUGGUUGUCGACUACUCCCGAUAUACCCUCAAAAGGAUGGGACGCGGCUUUACCUAGAAUAGCUACGUUGCUUACACUUCGAAGAAAGGAUAAGAAAGGAUGUUUGGUUCAUGCGGUAAAUACCCAUUACGAUCAUUUAGGUUUACGAGCUAGAGCGGAGAGUAGUCUUUUGAUCCGAUCACAAAUAUGGCAAUGGGUGAAACGAAUAGAAGAAAGGGAAAAAGUAGAAGUAGAGGGUCCGGUGAUACUAUUUGGAGAUUUUAAUUCGCCGCCGUCCGAAGGAGGAUAUCGCAAUAUCACCUCUCCUCAUCCCCUCCCUUCAGGUCAAUCAUCGUUCUACUUCCUUGACUCAUACACCCAUCUGUCGCCGUCUUCAACCACACCACAGACAAGGCCAUACGGACCAGAAUUGACCUACACUGACUUUGCUCCUCCGGGAAGUCGAGAUGCGACAAGGAUAGACUUUGUCAUGCUUGGUGCUGAACCUGCCUCAGACAAGGAGUACAACGUGAAGGGAAGGGGGGAAUGGGAAGUGGACAGAUAUGCUUGUUUGGACAAUUUCGUAGACGGGGAUGUUAAAGGGUGGAAAGGGAGAUGGAGUGAUCACAGAGCUGUACGGGUUACUAUCGUACAUGUAGGAUGA